CACUGGGUUGAGAAAUGAAAAAAAAAAUGUACAGACUUAUUUUUUUAUGAGAACUGAUUCAUGUUUUUUUUCUUUGAACAGAAAAUGUCUUAUAUUAAACCCCUAUUCGCCCUUACUGUUCUCUGCGCUUCCACAUCCUGUCACCGCAUCAAACUGUAUAAGUCCGAACCAAGCCUUAUGGACAGCGACAUCUCCGCGAGAAAUUACCAAUUCGCCGGUGCAGAUGGGCUGGGCAAUCGAUAUCUGCUCAAAAGCACCUUUGAUUCUCAGGAGUCCCGGAGAAGAAAGAUAUUUCCCACCUCUUACCUGAAGCAAGUGGAUCAAAGAAAUGCUCCAAAAAGCGAUCAGCAAGCGAAGUUCACACUAUCCCUCGAUGUACCAACUAACAUCAUGAACAUCCUCUUCAGCAUAGCCAAAGAUAAGAACCUUCGCGCUAAAGCCAACGAUAACGCACGUUUGCUGGCGCAGAUUGGUAAAAGGAAGUAAAGACUACAAAUGUAGCUUAUGUUGAGCACUUUAACUUUAAUUAACAAUUAACAAAUUUAAUGUGCAUAAGUAUGUUUUAAAAGAUGUUUUAUUUUCCAAUAAGUUUCAAAUUGAUGUCAUUAAUCUUGUGUUUGGAUUUUGGUUAGCCAUUUGUCCGUUAAACCUUAAAAUAUUUUGUCGGAGUGAUUACCUCACUGUGUACCUUUUCAACGAAAGGAGAUCUAACUGUAUGCUGGAAAUGUGUCACGACAUUCUAAUCUUGAUUAUAAUUAUCACAUUAUGUACGUUUAUCUUGGCAGAUUGAUGGGCAUUUGGUUUGGAUUCCUAAUGCAUAGCAGUGUUAAAACUUUAAAAUCUGGUAAAUUAUUUUUAUAUUCAAAUGUAAAUAAUAAA